GUUCCUUUAGACAUUUGCUUACAAAAGUUUAUAUAAACUUAACUCUACUACAAUUGGAACCAAUACAACACUCAAAAUAAAUAAAAACUGAAGAAAAUGUCUGGAGAGAACACUGUGAAUCCAGCUUCAGAUUCAGGUCCGAGUAACACUGGCACUAGCACGGAGGUGGACGAGCAACUAGCCAAGGGCCUGCAGGAUUUGCACCUCCCCGUCGCCAACGUGACGAGAAUCAUGCGCCGAAAUCUUCCGCAACACGCAAAAGUCACCAUGGCCACGAAAGAGACAGUCCAAAAAUUAGUGACCCGUUUUAUCAACCACAUCACUAAAAAAGCUAACGAACGCUGCCAAAGGGAGCAAAGGAAGACUGUGACAGCUGAGGAUCUUCUUUGGGCCAUGAACGAACUUGGGUUGAGUAACUAUGUUGAACCUCUCACCUUGUACCUCUACAAGUAUCGUGAACAGGAGGAAGCUGAUAGUUCUUUGAACUCACACAGGUCCAAUAUUGUGAAGCCCAAUUUUGAACUUGCGCUUGCACCACCUACUGCGCCAGCCCAAAUUUUACCAAUAAGUUUUGCGCCAACACCACAGUAUUCGUACCCCCAUUAUCCUCCUAAUGGGUUGUUCUUUGAUCUUGCUGCACCAGCCAUGAUGAAUGGCAACAUGACUUUCAGGAAUAGAAGGCUGACAAAUGAUGAUGGUCCUGAUGAGUCAUCCAAUUCAAGUUCUACUAACUAUGGUUUGCAUGGGGUUAAAGAUCCAUAUGAACAAUGGAAAUGAUGAUGUGUACAAGAAGAUGACGUGGCA